UUUCGACGGUCGGCCAACGCGUUCGGACGAACAACGAACGACGCGUGAUACGUGUGGAGUGUGAGUGUUGUGUCGCCUGCCCCUGGGAUCAGAGAGAAGGUUCAUCAAGAGUUCUCAAUCGGUAGAGAAUCUAGGAAUUGGAAUUGAAAUCGGAUUGCUAUGUGAAGGGUUUCGUGCGGAGCAUUAAACGUGAAAAGAGAAAAAAACGGUGAAUUAAAACCUAGCUGAUUUUGUUCCCUACUCUACUGUAGUUGUUUAUUCAACCCAAAGCGAGAAGUUCAGAAGAAUCUGAUAGCUUUGCGCGAGUGGAAAGAAGAGCUUGUGCCAGGGGGAGAGAAAAAAGUGUUUUGUAGGCAGGAAAGUAUUAGGUGGGAAUCGUGAGAGGUUAAUGGGAAGCAUAGAAGCAUACGAAGCAAAAAGUGUGAUAUGUGUUCCGAAGAAAGGAGAUGGGAAAACGAGGAAAUAUCAGUGUUCUCUAGUUUUAAUAAAUAUUUAGGGUGUUAAGAUGUGCUCUUGUUCGGGUUUUAAUAACUGCCAGAUCGUAAUUUUACAAACGAAAUCUUUUUAAAUUUGCGGAAGCCGUACCGAAGAAAACUUGUUUAAAGGUAUUUUCCGAACUGUUACCAAACCAGGAAAAACUUUCAAGAAAUAAUCCGUACCAAGUGAGGAAAUUCUCCGUAUAUUAUUGAUUCCCGAGUGUUGUUCAACUACACUGCCAUCGUUGUGUGCGAGCGUAUGUGUGCGUUAUUAUGGUGGUGUUUUCGCCACAAAGUGAAUACUCCCGUUCUAUACGUACAUGCCACUGCCAAGUCAGCUCAAGACCAGAGCCAGACUCGCUUUCUACACACAACAUCGAGAAACCCAAACCAUCCCAUCGUCAGCAACAUCAUCAUCAUCAUCAUCAUCAACGCCGUCGUCGUCACACACAGAAGAAUGGUCGUGAAUGGUCGCAGGCGGUGGAGUGAAGUGAAAUAAAAGUACAUGUGCUCGAUCGAAGCAGAGAAAGAGAGUAGCAAGUAGGAAAAGCAUCCAACCUAGAGCAGGGUUGAAGUGAGCAGCAUUGGAGCGGACUGCCGAUAACGAAACAAUAGAAAGAUAAUUUGUUCAAUGGAAGUUUAAAUCAAGUGAAAGAGAAACGAGUGCUGUUUGGGAACAAUAUUGAACCGGAAGCUAAGAGAUUCUGAAAAAAGUGUGGGCGGUUAUCAUAAUAACGGAUUCAACUGAUUGAUUGACGAAAGGUCGAUAAAAUCAUUCCAGCAAUUGCUGUACGUCUGUCCGGACUUCACGCGUGCCAAUGAGGUCCACCUGCGUCUUGGGCUUAUGCUCAAAGUGAAUGGAGACUACGAGCAAUCGUUGAAGCACCUGCAGCUCGCGUACUCCGACUCGUCGCCGUGCACCUUCGGCAAACUUGAAAUCCAAUUCCAUAUCGUGCAUCUGUAUGAAGUGCAGAACAAGUUCAAAACUGCCAGGCGAGAAUACGAGAAGCUGCUCGGGGACAAACAGCUGACACAACUGGCACCAGCACUGAAGGCCGACAUCUGCCGUCAGCUAGGAUGGAUGUACCACAGCAUUGAACCGCUCGGAGAGAAGGCUCAGCGCGAACGAUCCGCCAUUCACUGUUUGCAGAAGUCGAUCGAAGCCGACCCCAAGUCUGGGCAGACGUUGUAUCUACUCGGGCGGUGUUUUGCCGGAAUCAAUAAAGUGCACGACGCUUUCAUUGCCUAUCGCAAUUCCGUCGAGAAGAGCGAAGGAAACGCCGACACAUGGUGCUCCAUAGGAGUACUCUACCAGCAGCAGAAUCAGCCUAUGGAUGCAUUGCAGGCCUACAUAUGUGCCGUGCAAUUAGAUAAAUCCCAUUCGGCCGCCUGGACCAAUCUUGGCAUUCUGUACGAAAGCUGCAAUCAACCACGUGACGCCUAUGCGUGUUAUCUGAACGCUACCAAAAAUCCAGACGGACAGCAAUCGACCGUUGUGUCAGCCUUAUCCACUGCCAGUUGUACCACGAACGCCGGUACAACACCAACAGCAACUACCACCUCCACAGCUCCCAACUUUUCCGGUACCGGAACAACAGGGCCGACCCCUGCCACAGUCACUCCGUCCCCAACGGCCCCGUCGUCAGCAACAGGAACAGCAGCAGCAGCGACAGCAAACUCAGGUGCACGAAGCGGCGGGGGAGCUAGCCUUACGGACUCGACCGCGGCCAGCAGCGGUCCCGUCAAACCGCAGAGCCUUGCCCAAAGGAUCAAGUUUCUCCAACAGCACCUGGCACACGCACCUAUGCCGAGUAUUACUUCCAAACGGCGGCAGCUACCGUCGAUCGAGGAAGCGUGGAAUUUGCCAAUCUCGAACGAAAUGAGCUCCCGGCAGCAACAGCAAGCGGCCCAGGCCCAACAGCGACAGUUCCAGAAAGGUUAUGUACAGGGUAAUCAAGCACAAUUCCCCGGAAACAAUGCAGCAGCGAACAAGCGCUUCAAGCAGGAGGAUGGCCGACAGCAGGCUCCCAUGCCAAACUUCUAUCUUAACCAGCAACAACUGCAGAUGCUUCAGUAUCUUCAGCAGAACCAGAAUAAUCUCAAUGCCCAGCAGCAGCAGCUGCUCCAACAGUAUGCCAAUCAGUAUCGGCUGAUGCAGCAGCACCAGCAACAGCUUCGUCUGCAACAAGCCCACCAACAACGGAAUCAACAGCAAGGAGGGGCACCGACGCCAUUCCAAGGUCAGCAGCAGCAACAGCAGCAGUCGCCGCAAUCUCAAGCUGGCUAUGGCCAGCAACAAACUCUGCAGCCGCAACAGCAACCCCAACUAGCUGGAAAUGGAAACUUUGCCGCCAUUAGUGCGCAGAUGUUUAAAAGUACGACGACGACGGGAACGUAUGGCAAUGGAAGUUUUCAGAGUCAAACCAAUGCUGCCUUCACGCAGAUCACAUCGACCAAUCAGUCGGAUUUAGAUCAAGAACUACAAGCCCUGCUUUCAUCCAAGGACGACACUGCCAACUUUGCAGAAACGCUUCUCAAGCAGUUCGGGUCCGACGAUUUGGACAUCAAAGACAUCAAACCGCUGGAUCAGCAGCAUAACGGCACUGUACUUCCUGCCGAUUCCACCUCAUCCCGGUUCGAUGGGGAGAAAUCGCCCACCAUCAAAGCCGAAGCUACCUCGUCUACCGGUUCCAGUAGUACGUCGACAGCGGCGGCGGCGGCGGCAGCAGCCAAACGUCACCUCUUGGCGAAACACGAUAUCAAGUUGGAACCGGUCAUCAAGAUCGAAAAACUUUCCGAGCCAUGCAACAAACCCGCCUUCUCUAUCGACAUGACUGCCAAGGAGUUGCUGCAGGCUGCCAAAAAAUCCGAUCUCAAAGACGUUGCAGCGAUCAGUUCGACCCUGCCCAUGGACGUGCCGCCACCUACACCACCGGAAUGUCCACCGCAAAGACUAACCCGCGAACAGCUCCAACCUCCGACGCCAUCAGUGUUCCUCGAAAACAAGAAACAUGCGUACAGUCCCCAGCUGCAGGAGUUCUGCCUAAAGCAUCCGAUCGCUGUGGUACGACAACUGGGUGCGGCCCUCAAGCUGGAUCUCGGUCUGUUCUCGACUAAGACCUUAGUGGAGGCCAACCCGGACCACAGUAUUGAGGUGCGGACGCAGGUCCACCAGUCGGCCGACGAGAACUGGGACCAGUCGAUGAAGUCCAAGGUGUGGGCCUGCAUUUCGCAUCGGUCGCAUACGACCAUUGCCAAGUACGCACAGUAUCAGGCCUCUAGUUUUUCUGAUAAAAUCAAGGAGGAGCGCGAUAAGCUGGCCGGUAUCGUAAGUACCAACUCCGACUCGGACUCCAAGGAUUCGCUUACGAAUAAUAGUAGCGGGACCGGUUCGAACAACGGUAAACGGAAAAAGUGCAAAAAUAGCAAUAAAAUGUUGCGAUUCGGUACCAACGUUGAUCUCUCGGACGAACGCAAAUGGAAAACCCAGCUGCAGGAAUUGCAAAAGCUGCCUCCGUUCGCGCGAGUUGUGUCCGCCGCCAAUAUGCUCUCGCAUGUGGGUCAUAUGAUCCUGGGCAUGAAUACGGUGCAGUUGUAUAUGAAGGUGCCGGGCAGCAGGACACCCGGUCAUCAGGAGAAUAACAACUUCUGCUCGAUCAACAUCAACAUCGGACCGGGCGAUUGCGAGUGGUUUGCGACACCGGAUUCGUACUGGGGUGGCAUCCAGUCGCUGUGCGAAAAGAACAACAUCAACUACCUGCACGGAUCGUGGUGGCCGGCGCUGGAGGACCUGUAUGCGGAGAAUAUUCCGGUGUACAGGUUUACCCAGAAGCCCGGCGAUCUGGUGUGGGUCAAUGCUGGUUGUGUGCACUGGGUGCAGGCCAUUGGAUGGUGCAACAAUAUUGCAUGGAACGUGGGUCCGCUUACGGCGCGGCAAUAUGAGCUGGCGAUCCAAAGGUACGAAUGGAACAAACUCGAAAGCUACAAAAGCAUAGUACCGAUGGUGCACCUGAGUUGGAAUCUGGCGAGAAAUAUUAAGGUCUCCGACCCGAAGCUGUUCGACCUGGUCAAAACUUGUCUGAUGCAAACCAUGCGGCACUGUAUGCAGGUGUUGGAGUUUGUCAAAUCGAAGGGCGUCGAAGUGCGGUUUCAUGGACGGGGAAAGAACGAAGCGUCACACUAUUGCGGACAAUGUGAAGUGGAAGUUUUCAACAUCCUCUUCAUCCGGGAACAGGAAAAACGUCAUGUUGUACACUGCAUGGGCUGUGCUCGGAAGCAGGCCCCCAACCUGCAAGGUUUCGUUUGCCUUGAGGAAUACAAGAUGGUUGAGCUGAUGCAGGUGUACGACGCGUUCGCUCUACACAUACCGCCGCCACCCCUUUCGGCAUCACCCUCGAUCCAACAACAACAACAGCAACAGCAGCAGCAACAACAACAACAACAGCCAUCUUCGUCGUCCUCGGCGCAUCAGCUAGGAGCAUCCUCAUCCAUCAUCUCCAUCAGUUCAUCUUCGUCCAGUUCGUCGAUAGGGGCCACAGUGGUCGGUAGCAGUCAGACGGCAACGAGCACCAGCGCCGUAACGCCCAUGCAGGUGUCGUAAGAGCUGGCACGCCACCAGAAAACGAAGGUUUAGUUCAAUUUCACCAAAACUUCAAAGACUUAACUGAUCCCUCCCGACGACGACGCCGACGAUGAUGCAGAGCCCGCGCCGCGUGCGAAGAGUGUGCGAAGGAGCAAGGUCGAAACUGAGGAAAAAGUGUGUAAUUUGUACAUGAAAGGAUUCUACAUUUUGUGUGUACAUAUCUAAAUUGCAAAUUUAUCUUUAUGAAUAUAUUUACAUACGGAAUAUAAAAUGGUUGAAAUGCUGACCGCUCUGCUAGCAGGGCUAAUGUCGAGCUUUGAAACAAAAAACAAAAAAACGGGAACUCGUAAUUAUUUAUAUGCAACCAAACACUGCUUUACCGAAUUCAAAUAUGCUCCUAAUAUUAUAAAUUAUAUUUUAUGGGAUAAGGCUCGCGUGUUAGUAAAUUGAUGGAUGCAAACGGUGAAGACGACUCACCGUCUGUGGUUGAUUUCGCGCCAAUUCGUUCAAAAAAGGAAACUUUCUAUCUCAGCGCCCGGAAAUAUCUGAGGGUUUUAGAUAGCUUUGGAUCGGAUUAUGAUGAUCUAGAUGCACGAAUGUUAUCAUAACCUCAGAUUUUUAUCAGAUUCUAAAAGUUGGCGGCUGAUGUCUUUUGUCAAUUGGCGUGAAUUCUACCUCGUGCAGAUUUCUCCUGAAGUAAACCUUAUAAGUAGCCUAAUUUAUUCUAAUUCUAAAACGGAGAUUUCACCCAUUUGUGUUAAAAGGAGACAAUGCUAUCGAUGCAGUGGAUGGUUUGGGAUAUCGUCAGGCGCGGCAAACUGGAUGUGUGAUCGGCUUUUUAUUGGUCCUCACAGUUUCCAAGUAAUCAAGAUACCAAGAUGGAAAAACAAUAGUGUUUCGUUUCGUAAGAAAACCGGUAAAAAUACAAACAGCCCUCAGGAACUUUAAAAUUAAAAUAGUCUACAAGGAAACACAGAAGCAAACAGAUGAAACAAAGAAACGUAGCUCGAUCUAAACAAAUAAGUUAACAUUUAGAAGCGGAAAGUAAGCGAAAAAUUUGUCUGAGCACUCUGCACAAAAACAGCAUAACAACAACGUAUAUAUUUUUAUCAGAAGAAUCAUCGAACAUAGCGUAACCAUAUUGAAUCUAACAUCGCGUCAACCACUUGCAUUCCGAGUGUGUAAAGAGCUUCGAGUAACGAUAAAAAGCAAUUUUCACCGAAACGUUAGCGACAACAACAACGGUUUGCUGUUGUGGCGGUUGCGGCUGCGAUAAUAAUAACACAAUCACAUUCACUCACAACAACAACAAAACAAUCAUCCGCCACCUCCCACCCACAGCAUUACACUAAUCCUAUAAUGUGCGUAGUUGCAUAACGAAACACGAUGAACCAUAACUGAGAACAGGAGGCAGAUUUGGCCCAAGAAGUUGCGAAUAAACGGAGUCCAUUUAGAACAGUAAGUAGAACAAGCAGAGGGUGGUGACAGAUUUCUAGACGAAGUAGUUCAGGAAAGGGGAAGUAGGAUGGAAAGGUUAUGGGGGGAAGAAUAAACGAGUAUUGAAAAGACGGAAUGCGUCGAACGGUACCACCGGUUAGGUUAAAUUAAACAGAAGUUGGUUGGUUUUUUGGGGUGUGAAGAAGCUUGUUGCAGGCUAUUGGAUUAUUGAACUAGAUUUUCCUCAGAUACCAGGCUAUUUAGUAGUUAUGAUAAACUUUAAAAAGUUCAUCAUCAACAGUAGUAUUUUUUUAAAUUCUAAUUCUACUCACUCGUAUUUUACCCGAAUUUAAUGCAAAGUUUACUCGAGUUUUUUUUUGUUCAAUACAAUGAUCAAUAAUCAGACGUGAGGUAAGUUGAUUUUGGUCAUUCUCACGUGAGGUGGACGGGUUAUUCAAAUACGAGCAUCCGAAACGAGAGCAAUCGCACGUUAUUCGUAGAAUAAGCCCAAUGGUAUGUUCCCCUUUUUUAUCGUUGAUUUUUUUAAUUUAUAACUUAGGUAAGAAACUAUAACCGUAACAUGACUAAAGAUGCUUAUAGAGUUGCAUAUUGCGUCAAGAUUUGAAAAUUGGUCGAAGGGAUUCUUCUAAAAUUGGAGUAUCGUAACCGCAUUACAUAUUAAUUUUUAUACCAGUCACUAUUAUGCUAUUUUUGCUCUUCAGCUCGCAUUGCAAUUAGGAAUUUAAAUUCAAUAGAUGUGUUCUAUUUGCGCGUGGGUAACGAACCUGGAUUAAAUCAGGCAUAUUACGCGAGCACGCCAGAUCUACAACGGGACAUCCAUCUAAUCUAGUACUGCACAAGCACUUUGGCCCAAUAAAAACCAACCGACUCAUACACAAGCGUACACAAUUUGUUUGAGGUCGAUUCAACGCUGCCCAUCUGAUCUCAUCUAAAAUUUAUUUUGCCCCAACAGCGUCGGAUAAAUCCUAUAUGAUGCGGGGCAAGCCGUAGAAAUUAUUUAUAAUGGCUUACUAAAUUUAUGUAAAUGAAAAUUUGUCAAUGUUUUAGUGGACAAAUGGCUUGUUUUUUUUUUGGUUACAGCGUAAUCGAAAUUUACCCCCUAAUUUUGAGGAACUCCAAGGAGUUCGAAGAUCAAUUUCAAGGCGUUUAAGUUUAGGAUAGUUAAAUUUUUGCCGACCGUCAUUCUAUUGAACAACAGUGUGUAUGUCAAAUUCCGUACGUAGAUGGUCGAGGGGAAUGCAAGAUAGGAAAGUGAAGAUAGGAAGGUUGUGUAAAGCAGAGCUGAGUCGUAAUUCGAUGAUAAUCCAUAAGGUGCUUUAGUUUGGAGCUGAGAUUGUACGUUCUUAGCUAGAUUGUAUGUUUGUAUGUAUGUGUAUGACUAUAUAGUACUAGAAUGUAAUCGGGAAGUAAUAGGCUUAGGUGUGUUUACUUGGAAGCUAUAUUAGCAUUAAUGAAGAAGAAGAGGUUGGUGUUAAGACACCUAAGGGGUUUAGCACGAUUUAGUAAUGGGUUAGGAAAGAAAUGAUCGUUUUAGAAAAAAAGUAAAACUCUUCCUUCCGGGAGUCUAAAUGAAAAAAAGCUUAGGUUAGGUGUUUCGUUUCGUUAUAGGUUUAGGUUAGUCGUGGAAAGGAAGUACUAGAACUAACGAUGAAGAGCAUAGUUGAUGUCAUUCAUAAACUUUCCCGAGCACAGUCAUAUUUCGCCCAAUCAACUUCUGCUUGCAAAGUGCUAGAAUGAAGCGACACCGGAAGAUCCAGCAAAGUCAUGUUUUUUCUCGGAAUAAAAUUUUUGAAUCCAAAAUUAGUAGUUGCAAAACUACGCUUCAAAAUUUUUAUCAGUUUUUUUUCUCUAAAAGCGGAUUACUAGAAUCAACUUCAUGGAUUAAGAAAAUCUAUGGUGAACUCCAUUCGCCAGAGGAAAGAGCAUUUUCUCUCGGAGUAAAUUGUGUAUAAAGCAUGUUUGAGGUUAUAUUAAAUAAUCGCAUGAUAAGGAAUGACCAGUAUAUCACUGCCAAUUUAAACUGAAUUAAUUCCAUAUUGCGACACGAUGCAAAUCCGAUAAGGAGGAAUUAGUUCGUACCGAAGAAGAAAGAAGAGGAUAAAACGAAAAGUGGGAUGUCAGAAUGAACGAGAGAGAAUGAGCAAACGCCUCCAAUUAUAAUUGGACUGGAACAGUGUACAGUUAGAAUUCGAAUAAAAUGAGAAAUAACUCAUGUAAAAAGUUGAUUAUUAACCUCUUUAAUUCUUAUCAGUAAAAUUAUCAAAACAAUUGGAAAAUCUAAUCUUAAUCGACACUUUCGCUACGGUAACGAAACGUAUUGACCACAGAACUCAAAGAAAUAAACGAGAAAACAAGAUUGAAGCCAAACAGCAAUUUGGUAACGAGCGCGAUGCAGAUGAAAAACAUGUCUUUCAGCGUAUAAUAUAAGGAAACAUUGCAGGAUUUUCACUCACUCAAAGAUUCAGGCCCACAAACCCAUUCAGCAGAAGAAACACAAGAGACCAUGAAACCAGAAAACUACUAUUUUCAUUCACCUACACCCGCGAUAGCUCCCGUAACUUCCCACUUGUAUCAAUAAAAGCACAGCAGCGCCGCCAUAUUGAAAAAUAGACAAAACAUUCGAAAGCAUGGAGUACUAUAUAGAACAAAUCGGAUUUUUAUUCGUUUAUCAGUGUGUUUGCUGUUGUAACGACGUUCGUUUUCGGUUGUAAAUAGUAAAAAAUAAUUUCAGCGGAAAAAAUCAACAAAAAAUAAUGGAAAUUACUUACCUCACAGAAAAAGAAAGAAAACAAAAGAAUAGAACGUCUUUGUAAAUAAGCAGGCAAAUUUAAACAUCAAAUUACUUUGAAAAAAUCUAAAAAACAAAAGCAAAAUAAAAACGUUUACAACAUUGCAUUGAUUAGUUUAGUAAUCAAUCAUGACAGUUUUUAGUAUAGCAUUUAAGUGGUACAUAUGAACAGAGAACAAAAGUAAUCUUAUUUAAUUCAAUAUUAUUUAUCACCUAAACAAAAAACAA